AUGUCGUCCCUCAAUGAGAAAGAAGGGCACGGGUCGAUCGAGAUCCAACACAAUGAGGUUCAUGGCGCUGAGGUCUUGGCCAAUCGCGAUUUGAUGAAUGAUGCGUUCGACGGUGAGACCCAGGAGCACGAGGAGGGUGUUUGGGCUUCAGCCAAGGCUCAUCCUUGGGCUUGCUUUUGGGCUUUCAUCAUGUGUUUCACUAUCGUCAUGGAAUCGUUCGACAUGUUCUUGAACGGCAACUUCGUCGCCCUUGAUGCAUUCCAGAGGGCUUAUGGUGUCCCGGUUGGAGAUGGAAAAUAUGUGAUUCCAACCAAAUGGCAGAGCGCUCUGUUCCAAGCUGGUCAAUGUGGCGCUUUCUGUGGUGUUUUUAUGGCCGGUCCCGUUACCAAUCGCUGGGGAUACCGCUGGACCACCAUCUUUGCGUUGAUGCUGAUGAAUGCUACUAUUUUCAUCUCCUUCUUCGCCAAUUCCCUCACUCUCUUGGUCGUCGGACAAGCUUUGGAAGGUGUCCCAUGGGGAUUCUUCAUUGCCAACUCCCCUGCCUACGCCAGUGAGAUUGUCCCUCUCGCGCUUCGCGGUGCCUGCACAGCUACUCUGCAGAUGAGUUGGUCUAUCGGAUCAAUCAUCGUCGCCGGUGCUACGUAUGCCUACAACAAUAGAUCGGAUGAGUGGGCUUGGCGUGUACCUCUUGCUCUGCAAUGGCUUUUCCCCACCCCUCUCCUGAUUCUGAUCUUCCUCGCCCCCGAAUCGCCCUGGUGGCUCAUCCGCCGCGGACGCAAGGCAGAAGCCCUUCGUUCCAUUGAGCGCCUCGGCAACAAAGACCCGCACAAGGCCCAGCAGUCCCUCGCCAUGAUGGAGCGUACCGUCCAGAUUGAAGCCCAAAUGGGUGGAACCCCGACCCUCCUCGAUCUUCUCAAAGGCACUGAUCUCCGCCGCACAAUCAUCACCUGCUUGAUGUACGCAUCGCAGAAUUUCGCCGGUAACCUGAUUGCCAACCAGGCCACAUUCUUCUUCGAGCAAGCCGGAAUCAAAUCAAACAUGGCCUUCCAGCUCAAUCUAAUCAACUCCUGUCUUCAAUUCGUCGCAAACGGCUGCUCCUGGUUCCUAACGGCCUGGUUCUGUCGCCGAACGAUCUACCUCUACGGCACAGCCCUGAACGUCGUCCUCCUAAUGGUCCUCGGCGUCUGCGCCUCCAUCACCCAAACCACCGCCACGAACUACGCCCAAGCUGUGCUGGGAAUCUUGAUCUCCUUCGUCUUCGCCGGCGCCAUGGGCCCAAUCUCAUACACCAUCAUCUCCGAGACGUCGUCUGUGCGUCUGCGCGCGCUCAGCACGGGUGUCGGCCGUGCCGCUUACUACGUUGCUGAGAUCCCCAUGAUCUACCUUGCUUCCCAGAUGCUGAACACCACUGGAUGGAAUCUUGCUGGAAAGUGCGGUUAUGUUUGGGGCGGUACCGCUAUCGUUUGCUGGAUCUCAGCUUACUUCUUCCUGCCGGAACUUAAGCACCGUUCUUACCGUGAGGCGGAUAUCCUGUUCAACCGCAAGAUUUCUGCCCGUAAGUUCAAGUCGACUGUUAUUGGCGUUCACGAGAAUGAGUAG